AUGUCAUUUAGCAAAGCUACUGCAGUAAUACUCUUCGCUCUUAUCGGGACCUCUUGUAAAUACAGAGAGAUUGUUGGAUUAUUUGACAAUGAUGACCUGCAGGACAUCUUGAACGCCAACCCGGCGAUGCCGGAUACCAUAACUAUACAAAAAAAUUAUGUUUAUAACACUCGUCCAAACAACAACGCCAUCUAUGGAUCAAUAGUAAAGCAAACGGAACGAGUAUAUUUACCAGACGACCUCAGUAAGCCAUUCAGGGUGCGAUCGACUACGUGGGUAGAGCCAGGUGGACCGAACGGAAAUCAAAUUUACUACUACCGCUCUGAAUACCCUGGCGACAUGAACAAAGCUGAAGCCAUUUCAUUAAAGCAGAUGUACGGAACAUCUGAACAUCAAUUAUAUCAAGACCCUUAUUCAAAUUAUCAAGCAGCUGAUCAACGGCCGUACAGAUAUGAACCUAGUUCUCAGCAAAGAUAUCCCAAUUACUAUCCGUAUCAAUAG